GCGCUUCCUUUUCCAGCAGCGUCCGGCGAUCAUGGCGGACGUGGUUGCGGAGCAGGCGGCGGAGCAGAAACCGGCCCCGGAGCGGGAGCUGAACGGUGAGACGGAGGACCGGGAGGGGGCCGACCCGGUGGAGGAGACCGCCAAGAAGAAGCGGAGAAAGAAGAAGAAGAGCAACAAGACGGCGGCGACAGGCGCUGAGGCGGAGGCGGACGUUGUGGCCGAUGUGACCAAACAGCUGGAGAAGCAGGCGAUCGCAGACAAAGAGAAGGAGGAGGAUGGCGAAGAGGACGGAGAUGACGGAGAAAACUCGGCAGGGAAGAAGAAGAAGAAGAAAAAGAAGAAGAAAGGACCCAAAACUCAGACCGAUCCCCCGUCUGUGCCCAUCUGUGACUUGUACCCCAACGGAGUGUUUCCCAUCGGACAGGAGUGUGAAUACCCCGCCUCACAGGACGGUCGCAGCGCCGCGUGGCGGACGACCCACGACGAGAAGCGGGUGCUGGACAAGGCCAACGAGGAGGUGUGGAGCGACUUCCGGCAGGCGGCCGAGGCACACAGACAGGUCCGCCAGCACGUCCGUGGCUUCCUGAAGCCCGGCAUGACCAUGAUCGAGAUCUGCGAGCGACUGGAGGACUGCUCUCGUAAACUGAUCAAGGAGGAUGGUCUGAACGCCGGCCUGGCCUUCCCCACCGGCUGCUCGCUGAACCACUGCGCCGCCCACUACACUCCCAACGCCGGAGACACCACCGUCCUGCAGUACGACGACGUCUGCAAGAUCGACUUCGGCACGCACAUCAACGGCAGAAUCAUUGACUGUGCCUUCACCGUCACAUUCAACCCAAAGUACGACAAGCUGCUGGAGGCCGUGAGAGACGCCACCAACACCGGAAUCAAAAACGCUGGCAUCGACGUGCGUCUGUGUGACGUCGGUGAGGCGAUUCAAGAGGUGAUGGAGUCCUACGAGGUCGAGCUCGACGGCAAAACAUAUCAAGUGAAGCCGAUCCGAAACCUGAACGGUCAUUCGAUCGGUCAGUACAGAAUACACGCCGGGAAGACGGUGCCCAUUGUCAAAGGAGGAGAAGCGACGAGAAUGGAGGAGGGAGAGGUUUACGCCAUUGAGACGUUCGGCAGCACCGGUAAAGGCGUCGUCCACGACGACAUGGAGUGCUCUCACUACAUGAAGAACUUUGACGUCGGACACGUCCCCAUCAGGCUGCCACGUGCAAAGCACCUGCUGAACGUUAUCAACGAGAACUUUGGCACGCUGGCGUUCUGCCGCCGCUGGCUGGACCGCCUCGGCGAGAGCAAGUACCUGAUGGCGCUGAAGAACCUGUGCGACCUGGGCAUCGUGGACCCCUACCCGCCACUGUGCGACACCAAGGGCUGCUACACGGCGCAGUUCGAGCACACCAUCCUGCUCAGGCCCACCUGCAAGGAGGUGGUGAGCCGGGGAGACGACUACUGACACCCCCCACCACCCUGCACCUCCUCGUAACACAGGAAGUGCUCGUCUCAGUGGAGGACGCCAAAAUGCUACUGUAUUCUACCCAUAAUGCACCACUCACAGCUCGAGAAGAAGAAGAAGACGGACCUCAUUUUGAGAAGUAAAGAAGAGUUAACUGUCAAACAGUUAAAACCCACUCCAGUAAACACCCCCCACCCUCCUCUCUCUCUCUCUGUUUCUUUUAUUUUCUAAGUUUCUACGAAUCCGCUCGGAGCCUCCAGUGCUUCACUUUUAAAUUAAGCACAAACGCCACUGACGACGCAUGAACCCGGGAAAACCUCCGCAAAACAGACAAUUCAUAAAAACACAGAGCGUCUGCAGCCGUAAGCACGUUUGGCUUCUGAGGGAAACUCUGCACUCGAGUCGUCGUCGUUUCUAUUUAAAAGUAUCUUUGAAAUGGCGGCUGCUGCUGCCACUAUGUUCCCAGUUUAAAGAGAAAAACAACAAAGCUUAAUUUUGAACUCCCUGGAAAUGUUUUGUAAGAAAGUAAAAAAAAAAGAUUAUUAAAGUAAUUUUUUUUGCUCAGUG